CAACUUAUCGGUCACACCUACAACAACGCACUCAACUACUACCACACCUGUCAUGUCUACGAUUCAAAGUACACCGACCAAAGCUGCCAGCAGCAUACCUGUCACAUCUACCAUCUCGUCCAAAGCCACUAAUAAUGUGGAGAGUUCAAACUCAAAUACAUCGACAUCUUCUCAGUGCUGUAGUUCUGAUGUCAUGCCUACAACAACUCGCACUGCCUGCACAAUUGUCAAGUCUACGUCAACGACCACAAAUGCUACACAAUUGCAUAUAGCGCCAACAGUUCCAUCAACAUCCAACAGUAAACCCACUGGCGCUGUGCCCAAUCCAAUUAUUCAAGCGCCAAUAAAUGGAACAAAACCCACGUACUCCAAACCUUGGCCUCAUGGCAAGGUAUCUCCAAAUCCUCAAACCAAGCAAAUCCAGUCUAUCAUUACCUCAAAAAAGCACUCCUCUGCAUACUCGUACUCUACGAGUCAUGACCAUGAUAGUCGCUAUUUCGACGAGUGUAGUCGUACAGAUAGUGAUGAUCAUGAUACUGACUUCGUGGGCGUUGCUACACUUAAACGCCAACGUACAAAACGCAUACUCCUUAAUAAUGUAAAAUCAGUUCCAUAUGACAAGCUUAGGCAAUCUAUAAUAUCGUAUGCUUUAAAACGUGGCGUUAAAGUUACCAACAUGCGUGUUGUCGGAAAAAGGAGUAACAGAAAUGGAAUUGAAACACUCUCGGUGAGACUUAAUGUUAUAAAUUCUCAAUAUCAAUUAGCAGUAUCCAAUGAAUUUUGGCCAGCCAACACUUUUUGUAGACCUUGGCUCUCAGAAAAGCAGUACAACUUUAACCAGGUUGGCGACAAUUGGUUCGGACCGCGCAACAAGUACGACGAUAACAUGUCUGAGGACGACUGGUCAUACGACUGCACUCCUACCAAUUGUUAAUGAUAAGCAAUCUUAAUAUUUUAAAUUGGAACUGUAAAGGUAUCAUGUAUGGCUCACCCUACUUAGCCACGCUUCUCCCCUUAUUACAUAUAGUCGUUUUAACUGAGCACUGGCUCUAUCCUGAUUCUACUUCAUUUCUAGAUUCAUUUGAUUCAAAUUUUUCUGCCUUGACGGUUUGUGACAAACGCCUUUCUAUAGACUAUGGUCCGAGGCGUGGCUGUGGUGGUGUUGCUAUAUUAUACAGAAAAGAAUUUAUUGUAAAACCGAUACCUGUCAAUGACCGAAUCUGUGGAGUUCAAUUGCUUGUCAGUAAGGAUACUUACAUUUUCGUCUUUGCUGUUUAUAUGCCAUGUAACACUUACCCAGAAAAUAUUUUUCUGGAGUACCUCGAUUCUCUGUAUGAAGUUUACCAUAAAUACAAGCAGCUUGGCACAGUUGUAUUUGCUGGUGAUUUUAAUGGCCAUUUGAGUGCAAAAAGUGGCCCAAGAUGUAGCAUUUCGCCAAAUUCUAGGGGUCUUAAGAUAGAAGAUUGGUUAUUAGAAUGUAAUCUUUUUUCUGUUAAUUCAAGUGACCUUGCUGACGGUCCGUGGUUUACAUUUUACAGCGGUAAUGGCAAAAACGUGUCUUGCGUCGAC